GUGCUUGUGUAUGAAUUGUUGCUAGGGAAGGGUUUUCGAGGGGGUGGAGGCCGAUGGAAGGCCCUCCUGGGCCGACACCAGGCAAGACUCAAGGCUGAGUUGGCCCGGCUCAAGGUUCAUCGGGGUGUGAGCCGAAAUGAGGACCUGUUGGAAGAGAGAUCCAGGCCUGGCCAAGCCUACCAGGUGCCUCGGUUUGUACGUGUGAACACGCUCAAGACCUGCCCUGAGGAUGCGAUAGAUUAUUUCAAGAGACAAGGUUUCUCCUACCAGGGUCGGGCUUCCAGCCUGGAGGACUUGCGAACCCUCAAGGGGCAACAUUUUCUUUUGGAUCCCUUGUUGUCUGAGCUUCUUGUGUUCCCCGCACAGACAGAUCUGCAUGACCAUCCGCUCUACCGCGCUGGCCAUCUCAUCCUGCAGGAUAAGGCCAGCUGCCUCCCAGCCAUGCUGCUGUCUCCCCCGCCAGGUUCCCAUGUCAUUGAUGCCUGUGCUGCCCCUGGCAACAAGACCAGUUACAUUGCGGCCCUUCUCAAGAACCAGGGGAAGAUCUUUGCAUUCGACCAGGAUGCUAAGCGACUGGCAGCCAUGGCUACACUGCUGGCUCGAGCUGGGGUCUCUUGCUGCGAGUUAGCUGAGAAGGACUUCCUGACAGUCUCUCCCUCUGACCAGCGUUACAGCCAGGUCCAGUACAUCUUGCUGGAUCCUUCUUGUAGUGGCUCUGGUAUGUUGAGCCGGCAGUUGGAGGAGCAUGGAGGAGGUACACCUAGCAAGGAACGCCUGCAGGCCUUGGCAGGGUUCCAGCAACGGGCUCUGUGCCACGCACUCACCUUCCCCUCUCUGCGACGCCUGGUCUACUCCACGUGUUCCCUUUGCCAAGAAGAGAAUGAAGAUGUGGUCCAAGUGGCUCUACAGCAGAACUCGGGGGUCUUCAGAUUGGCUCCUGUCCUACCCACGUGGCCUCACCGAGGUCUGAGUACCUUUCCAGGGUCUGAACACUGCCUCCGGGCUUCCCCUGAGACCACACUCACUGGUGGCUUCUUCAUUGCUGUGUUUGAACGGGCAGAAGUGGUGCCCGGCCCAGCUCCACAGGACAAAGCAGUGGCUCCAGAACCUCUCAGCAAAGCUCCAAAGAGAAAGAGAAGACGCAAAGCAGCAGCUGGUGCCAGCGUAGAGCCAAGCACAUAGUGGGCACUGGCAGUUCUACUAGUUAAAUAAAGGGCAGACUCAGGUCUA